GGGGGUUGGGGGCGGGCCGGGCCGAGUUGGGGCGGGGCCGGCACGGCGCCUCGAUAUAAGUAGGCGCGUCCGCGCAUGCGCAGCCGGCGCGUCCCGGUCGUGGGUCGGCCUCUCGCGUCUUCUCUGCAAAUGGGCUCUGUGGCCUAGCGUCCCCGUCCCCGCCACCCGUGAUCGCGCGCCGAGGCGCGCGAGGGGUCGCCGCCGAGGCUUCCGCCGGCCCACAAACAGGAGCAUGGCAGCCAUCCCCUCCAGCGGCUCGCUCGUGGCCACCCACGACUACUACCGGCGCCGCCUGGGUUCCACUUCCAGCAACAGCUCCUGCGGCAGCGCCGAGUACCCUGGGGAAGCCAUCCCCCACCACCCCGGUCUCCCCAAGGCCGACCCGGGUCACUGGUGGACGAGCUUCUUUUUUGGGAAGUCCACUCUCCCAUUCAUGGCCACAGUGUUGGAGUCCCCAGAGCACUCGGAGUCCCCCCAGGCCUCCAGCAGCACCAUCACGUGUGACCUGGCUCCAGAAGCCUCGAGGAAGCAGCCUGGUGGCCAGCCUGCCAAAGCCAAUGCUGGGCCCCGGUCCUGAGUGACCGCCACCUUCCAGAGGCCCUGGGUUCCUCAGAGCCCCUCCCUGCCCCGCCCACCCCCUACACUAGGCAGGCUGGUGGAAGCAGAAGCAGUUGGGUUCCUGUAUAUUGAAACAGCAAAACACCAAAAAGGAAAAUGAGAGAACCCAGCUCUUUACCACCCCAGCCGCACAAGAGCCUUCCUGACACCCAGUGACCGUGUGCCUUGCCCCAAGUGCAAAAUAAACUCCAAGUGGCCAGCAGC